AAAUAAAUAAAAGAGAAGCCCCGAGGAGCGGCAUUCCCGGCUGCCGUUAUCCAACCGGGGGCAGCGGGACGGCGCGGAUGCUGCACCGGGAGCCGCGGGGCCGCCGGGGCUGAAGGCUCCCGCUCGCAGCCUCCUCUUCCUCGGGUGGUUUUCCCUCCCUCCUCCUCCUCCUCCCCCCCUGCAUUUCCUCCUGCACCUUUAAGAAGCCCAUUGCCGCCGGUGGGAUGGUGUGUGCUAAAGCUGCACAGAGGAAGUUACGCAGCCGGGAUCAGGCACGGAGAUAAAAGCUCCGAUUGUGAUUGAAAGUGAGAGCAAAAGGGAUUUCAGCCUCGGCAUUAACUUGCGAGGGGAGCCGGGAUUGCACAAAGCUCCCCCGGCCAUCUGCCCUUGGGGGCCGGCGGCGCAGCUCCUGCCCGCCGCGCUGGGCAGGGCAGGGCUGGGCAGGGCAGGGCAGGGCAGGGCAGGGCUGGGGGGUGUGUUUUGGGGGUUCCCCCGGCCCCGAAGUUGGCUGCUCCGCCGGGAGCCCCGCGCCGCAGAGCUCCCUCCCGGUGCCUCCUGCUGAUGAGCUCUGCCUUUGCCCUGACCAUGAAAGAGAGAGGAGAUCUCAGGUAGCCCCAUGGAUUGCAGCUGAAGGCUUUGGGAACUUGGUGCUCCGUUGCCAAAAGACAGAAUUGGACGGGAAUCCUCGCCACCACCAGAGGACACAGCAGGAGAAGCCAAGGCCAGCCCUGCCCCAGUCACCCCAGUGACCACCCAGCCCUGCUGGGGCCACCACGGAUCUGGGCACCCUUCCUGCUCUCGCUGGCACAACCGUCCUUUGGGAAAAAAGAAUUUUAGCUCCAAGCAGUCUUUCUUGUCAGAGUUGUACUGAUGACCAGAUGCUCUAUUUAUUUUAUGUGCUAAUGUUCUAACACCCUAAUAAUUAAGACAGACACAGUUUAAGGCACUUUCCACAGCCACGCAUCUGGAGCAGACCAGAAGGUUGAGGAAAACCUGAUCCAGCACCAUCUCACAGCCUCUCCAAUUUACUCCUAUCAAAUUUCAUCAGCAACUCAGAACUUGAUCUUCGUAUUGAUUGACUGGAGUCACCUCUAGAUAUUUUCAUGCUGAUUUGGAAGACCUUUCGUACAAUAAAAAGGGGAAAAAAUGAGGUUAAGGAAGACUUUUGACCACUGAUCAGCAACUCUGGCCAAAACUUUCCCAAUCAAGUGAAUUGCAAAGUUGGCUUCUGUGCCAAGAGGAACUUUCCACGUCCAGGUACAGCGUGCGGAGUGGGAUCAUCCCUGUUACUGUGUGGAUCUCCUUCGACUGGAGCAUUUUUAGAUGAGGAGUUUCCAUGCUGAUCCCGAGAGCCACCCCUAGCCCUGUAGCUGCCUUCCUCGGGACUCUCGGCACUGCCCUCGCCCAGGGACCCCGCGCUUGGCCGCAGCUGCCAUGCUCUACCUGGCUGCUCUCCUCGUGCACUGCGUGCCCCUGGCCAUGGGACAGUAUGACAUUUGCAAGUCCUGGGUGACCACGGACGAUGGCCCCUCAUGGGAGUUUUACGCUUGCCAGCCCAAGGCCAUGCGGAUGAAGGAUUACGUGACCGUGAGGGUGGACCCGGCAGGAAUCACUUGUGGGGACCCUCCGGAGAGGUUCUGCACCCAUGAGAACCCGUACCUGUGCAGCGACGAGUGCGACGCCUCCAACCCCGACCUGGCGCACCCGCCCAAGCUGAUGUUCGACAGCGAGGACGAGGGGCUGGCCACGUACUGGCAGAGCGUGACGUGGCGCCGCUACCCUGAGCCGCUGCUGGCCAACAUCACCCUGUCCUGGAACAAGAGCAUCGAGCUGACCGAUGACAUCGUCAUCACCUUCGAGUACGGGCGCCCCACCAUCAUGAUGCUGGAGAAGUCUCUGGACAACGGCAGGACUUGGCACCCGUACCAGUAUUACGCAGACGACUGCAUGGAGGCCUUCAGCAUGCCAGCACGGAGGGUCCGAGACCUCUCCACCACCAGUGCCAACAGGGUCCUCUGCACCGAGGAGUAUUCCCGCUGGGCGGGCUCCAAAAAGGAGAAGACCGUGCGGUUUGAGGUGCGGGACCGCUUCGCCAUCUUCGCUGGCCCCGACCUCAAGAACAUGGACAACUUGUACACCCGGCUGGAGAGCGCCAAAGGGCUCAAGGACUUCUUCACCGUCACCGACCUGCGCAUGAGGCUGCUGAGACCCGCCCUGGGGGGCACCUACGUGCAGAGGGAGAACUUGUACAAGUACUUCUACGCUGUCUCCAACAUCGAAGUCACCGGCAGGUGUAAAUGCAACCUCCAUGCCAACCUGUGCACCUUCAAAGAGGGCAGCCUCCAGUGUGAGUGUGAGCACAACACCACGGGCCAGGACUGUGGCAAGUGCAAGAAGAACUUUCGCUCCAGGUCCUGGCGAGCAGGGUCCUACCUGCCUCUGCCCAACGGGUCCCCCAAUGCAUGUGCAGCUGCAGGCUCAGCCUUUGGCAACUGCGAGUGCUACGGCCACUCCAACCGCUGCAGCUACAUCGACUUCCUCAACGUGGUGACCUGCGUGAGCUGCAAGCACAACACGCGGGGCCAGCACUGCCAGCACUGCCGCCUGGGCUUCUACCGCAACAGCUCCGCAGAGCUGGACGACGAGAAUGUCUGCAUAGGGACCUGCUUGAACAGAACCCCGGGCAGGACAGGCUCUGACCUCCCUGUCUUUGGGCAGAAUGUAACUGCAACCAGAUCGGCUCCAUGCACGACCGCUGCAACGAGACCGGCUACUGUGAGUGCAGGGAAGGGGCCACGGGGCCCAAGUGCGACGACUGCCUGCCCAACUACUACUGGAGACAGGGCUGCUUCCCCAAUGUGUGCGAUGACGAGCUCCUGCUGUGCCAGAACGGCGGCACCUGCUACCAGAACCAGCGCUGCAUCUGCCCCGUGGGCUUCAAGGGCGUCCUGUGCCAGCAGUCCCGCUGCGAGGCGGACAAAAAGGACUGUGACCGUGCCCCCGCUGCCCGUGCCAGCCUGGCCACUGUGGCGCUGGGCGCGCUCGCCCUGCAGCUGCGAGGCUGGGCAGGCCUCUGAGGCCUCACAGGGACACCGAGGUGAUGGGUGGCUGUCCCCACCGCCUCCUUCUUCGCCUUCCUUCACGCUGGGACUUGCACAACCACUUUGGGUCCGCUUUCCGAGCAGGGAGCCCGGCGCUGGCUCCUGCCCGCUGUCCCCGCGGUGACACGGGCACCGUCCGUCCUGCCCCGCUCCGGGCAAACAGUGCCGCGAUCCGAGGGAUGGUUUUUUUAUUAUUCCUUUAUUUACUUUGGUAUGGGCUGGGGCGGUGUUUUUAUUUUCCCUCCUCUCAGCGCCCUGGUUCGGAGGAGCCCGUGGUGAGAAGCGCAGAGCCCCGGCCCAGGGCAGGCAGGGACAGCAGGGAGGGGACAGGGGACUCUGCUCCAUCCCUGCUGCCCAGCCCCGCAUCCCCCCACGGGCCUGGCCUGCCCACGCACAUACUGUUGCCUACGACUGUAGUUGCUGCAUUGAUUUUUGUAUUUUCAUGGCUGGGUUUUGUUUUCUUGCACUUACAGAGAACACAGGGGCCGCGAGGCGUUUGGAACGUGAGGGGUGCAGUGUCUUAUCCACACAUGUCCGUAUGGUGUACGGGUCAAAUACUUCUUUUGGUAGAGACUUAUUUUUGUUUGGAGUAAAUGUUAUAACAGAACCACGACCUAAAGGGACAUUUUACCAUGAGCAUUUGAUUCUGGUGUAUCCUCCAGUAAAGCAACUAUUAAUGGCUGCUUGAUCACCACGUUUUCCUUUUCGUGUGCACAGUUAAUUACAGGUAAAGACUUAUUUUUUGAUUCA